UGGAAUAGAAUAAGAUUAGUCACCGGAAUUGGAGGAUUUAGAGAUUGUGAUGACUUGUAAUUGUUGAAUGAAAAGAUCCUCUGACCUAACCCACCGUCCUUCCCACCUGAGAUCUCUAGCUGGAAGAUUACAGUAUGAAUUUUCUGGUUUGGGCAGUUAUUUCAUGGACAGUGGCUUUUAUUCUAGUCAGAAAGAUCUUCUCGAAACGCUCAUUCAAUUUCUGCAACCGCAUUGUUUCUACACUCCAUGCUUCUUUGGCUGUCACUUUGUGUUCUCUCACAGUUGAAGACUGGGGGUGCCCUGUUUGUCCUUUGGCUUCAAAGUCUUCUCCUUCACAGAUGAAAACUUUGGCUGUAACUCUCGGUUACCUCAUCUAUGAUCUCAUAUGCUGCCUGUUCGACAACCAUGUCAACAUAGAUAAUAUAGUUCAUCAUCUGGUUAGCAUUCUUGGUAUUGGGGCUGGCCUUGUCUAUGAAAGGUGUGGAUCAGAGAUGAUCAUGGCAGUGUGGAUUACAGAGAUCUCCAGCCCUUUUCUCCACAUGAGGGAACUUCUCAAAGAACUUGGUUACAGGGACACCAACCUCAAUUUAGCAGCUGAUAUUUUAUUUGCAGUAAUCUUCACACUUGCAAGGAUGGUAGCCGGACCUCACCUCACUUACGUGACUCUUUCUGCCGAUAACCCAUUACUAAUAAAGGCCAUGGCGUUCGGAUUGCAAUUAGUGAGUGCUUUCUGGUUCUACAAGAUAGCAAGGAUGGUUAGGUUCAAACUGACAAAGAGGCGUAAAUCUUUAAAGGAGACCUAAAGCACGAGGACCCAUGUAGAGUUCCAAUGAUGUUUGAGGGGAAGGGAAGAAAAAGGGAGACUAGA